AUGUCAACGCCAUCUCGCGACUGCUCGCCGAAGCAGCGCACGUUCUCGGCCGCCGGAACCGGAAGCUUCAGCACGCACACCUCAUCGUCCUCAUCGCUCGCCUCAUCCACCGCCGGCAACGCCAACUCCAUCGAUUCGUCGCUCUCGUUCCCCAGCGUCAGCAGUAGCCCGACGAAACUGUCGCUCUUCGGGAGCAACAAAAUGUCGACGACUGGCAGCCCACCGACACUACCGACCGGGCCCGGGCCGAGCCGGCAGCGGUCCCUGCGCGAUCGGCUGCGCGAGGGCAUUACCGGAAGUCUCACCUGGCAGUAA